AUGGGUAAGGAAUUAACCAAGCUUCGUAAAAAUUUAUUAACAGAUACACGAGAGACAGCCAGAAAGGAUUAUUUCCGUAUUGCACCUAUACUCGAAGUCAGCCGACAGAUCAAACAGCUGCUCGGUAAGCAUGAGCCUGACAUAGCUGCUAAUAGCUCUAACGAUGAAGACUGGGAGUUACCUACCCCGAAAUACCUUUUUCCCAAACGGGCACGCCUUGUAGAGAAUUUCUCCGGGCCCGAAGCGGAGAAUUAUGAUGAAGACAAGCUCCUUACACGCCGAAUCCAGGUUACGAAGGAUAUGGUUGCGCUCUUGGGCCUCUGCGAGCCGAGUAGGCGAGGCAAGCGCGUUGAUUGGAAGUUCGACGACGAGACUGAUGAACUGCAGACCAGUGAGAGGAGCCCUCGCCUUCUGAAGAGGAUAAUCUGGACUGUUCAAUAG